AUGUCAGAUAGUAGGGACCCUGUGUGGGAGCACGGGGAGAAUAUCCCACCUGGAUGGCGCUGUAAGUAUUGCCAUACAAAGAGGGGCGGUGGUGGGGCAACAAGACUAAAGCAACACUUGGCUGCAAGAGGGAAGGGGGUUACAUAUUGCAAUUCAGUGCCUCCGGAUGUCCGUGAGUUCUUCUGCCGUGAGUUGGACAGGAUAAAAGAUGCAGGUGACCAGCGUAAGAGUGAUAGCGGAAGAAGGGUUGAAGCAGCAAGGGUCAACUAUUAUGACCUAACAGGUGAUGCCGACGAGGAGGAACAAAUGGAAGCAGCCAUUGCAGCCUCACGACAAGACGAAAACUUUAGGAGGGAUGUUGAGGAGCGUGGUGGCACUUAUGAGCAUGGCGGUGGGAGUGGAUCCGCUCAGCCGGAGGCACGGAAAGGUAGAAGUAACCCAAUUACCAAUAUGCUACGAAGGGCUACGUCUCAUAGGGAGUCACCUGCUGUGAGAGAUUACAACCUAGCAUCUGCCAAGGCCCCUGUGCAGCCACGCAUUGACACAGGAUUCUUCACAAAGAAAGGGAAGCAAGCUAGGCAAGCCAUUGGUGAGUCAUGGGCAAGGUUCUUCUUUACCGCCGGCAUUCCUGGUAGAAACGCCGAUAAUCCAUACUUUGUGAGCGCCGUUCGGGAGACACAAAAGUGGGGUGAAAGUGUACCUUCUCCAACUGGUAACGAGAUAGAUGGAAAAUAUCUUGAUUCUACAGAGAAGGAUGCGAAGAAGCAAUUUGAUAGGUUCAAGAAGGAUUGGGAUGAGUACGGUGUUACUAUAAUGUGUGAUUCUUGGACAGGUCCGACGAGUAUGUCGGUCAUCAAUUUUCUGAUAUACUGCAAUGGAAUAAUGUUUUUCCACAAGUCCAUUGAUGCAACCGGGCAAAGCCAGGAUGCUAACUUUGUGCUGAAGGAGAUAAGGAAGGUGGUACGCGAAAUAGGCUCGGAGCAUGUUGUUCAAAUUAUCACUGACAAUGGCUCUAACUACAAGAAGGCGUGCAGACUACUACGGCAAGAAUACAAGACAAUUGUGUGGCAACCUUGUGUGGCACACACAGUUAACUUGAUGCUUAAGGAGGUUGGGAAAAUGCCAGACCACGAAAUGGUGAUUGAGAGUGCUAGGAAAAUUUGCAGAUGGCUAUACAAUCAUAACAAGUUGCAUGCUAUGAUGGUCUUAGCUAUAGGUGGUGAACUGGUUAAGUGGAAUGCUACAAGGUUCGGAACAAACUACAUGUUUCUCCAGAGUUUCCUUAGGAAGCGAGAUCUUUUCAUGCAAUGGAUGGCUUCCUCUGUCUUCAUGCAAAGCAAAUUUAGUGGGACUUUGGAAGGUAGAUAUGCACAUGCAUGUCUAUCUAGUCUGUCUUGGUGGGAGAACUUAGAGGCAGUAGUGAAUUCUGUCCAACCUAUGUACUCAUUCCUUCGGUUUGCUGACGAGGACAAGAACCCCAAUUUGAGUGAGGUACUUUUGAGAUAUCAGUUGCUCAAAAUGGAGUACGACAGUCUUUUUGCGAAUCAAAGGGACAAGUUUGAAGCAUACAUGGAGAUCGUGAACAGAAGGAUGCACGACCUAACCAAUGAGAAUCUCAUCAAUGCCGCUGCCGCAUUGAACCCUAGGACGCACUACGCGUAUUCUCCAAGUGCUACUGUCUUCCAAGACCUCCGACAGGCAUUCGAGUGGAUGAUGGAUAUCGAUACGGCUGCCGCCGCUUUGCUGGAGGUUGAGAUGUACCGACGUAAGACGGGUGAAUUUGGGAGGGUACUAGCAAGAAGGAUGGCCAUAGAUGGGAAAACUUCACCUGGUAUGUUUCUAAUCAUGGAACUAUGA